GGGGCGGGGCCGGGCGCGCGGGAGCCGCCUCCGCGCUGCCGCCUCCGCCGCGGCCGGAAACAAUAGUGGCGGAUCCCGAGCCGCGCGGAACGGCGGCGGCGGCGGCGCUCGGAGCCGGACGGGGCACGAUGAACGAAGAGGAGGAGCAGUUUGUAAACAUUGACUUGAAUGAUGACAACGUUUGCAGUGUGUGCAAGCUGGGAACGGAAAAAGAGACGCUCUCCUUCUGCCACGUUUGCUUUGAGCUAAAUAUUGAGGGAGUACCAAAAUCUAAUCUCUUGCACACAAGAUCGUUAAGGGGCCAUAGAGACUGCUUUGAAAAAUAUCAUUUGAUUGCCAACCAGGAUUGUCCUAGAUCUAAGCUUUCAAAAAGUACUUAUGAAGAAGUUAAAACUAUUUUGAGUAAGAAGAUAAACUGGAUUGUACAAUAUGCACAGAAUAAAGACUUGGAUUCAGAUUCUGAGUGUUCCAAAAAUACCCAGCAUCACCUGUUCAAUUUCAGACAUAAACCAGAGAAAAAGUUACUCCCACAGUUUGACUCCCAGGUACCAAAGUAUUCUGCAAAAUGGAUAGAUGGAAGCACAGGUGGCCUCACAAACUGCACACAAAGAAUCUUCGAGCAGAGGGAAAACACAGACUUUGAACUUUCUGUGUUACAAGAUUCAAAUACCACAUUAUUGUGGUCCCACAGUCACAACCAGGCACAGAAAAAAGAAGAAACCAUCUCUGACCCAGAGACUAGCGCCCAGACCCCGCACCCGACUUACAGCAGAGAGGAACUGAAUUCGAUGACCCUUGGUGAGGUAAAGCAACUGAAUGCAAAGCUUCGACAGCAAAUACAGGAAGUGUUUGAAGAGUUGACACACCAGGUGCAAGAGAAAGAUUCUUUGGCCUCGGAGCUCCAUGUCCGCCAUGUUGCCAUCGAGCAGCUUCUCAAGAACUAUUCCAAGUUACCGUGUCGGCAAGUGGGUCGGACAGGGAUGAAGUCACACUCACCCGUAAACAACUAAACUUCUCCUGAUUUCCUAAGCCCUCUCAUGCUUUGGUCUGCCAGGCAUGCAAACUUCGAAGAAGCUGAAGAAAGUCAACGGUCUAUUAUUUUAUGACAUUAUAUUGGCAAAGUUUAAAGUAAUAUUUGACAUCCUUGUCAAAUAAAGCAGGUUGUUGGUUGCCCUGUGGGGUUAAUCAUUUUUGUUCUUUUGGGGAGGUUGUUUUUUUUUUUUUUUAUGCCCAUAAUUGCUAAAGAGCCCUCCUUAAUUUUUGUCACAUGUGACUACUUUAAAUAUAUUAUUACAGUGUGACUUUAUUAAACAUUUUAAUGUAAUUCACCUCAAACCAGUGGGUUAACAAACUCCUUAGAUAAAGCUACUAAAGAUAGUUUUUAAGAGGGAAAUGGAAAUCAUAGCAUCACCUCUUAUUUAUUAUGAGCAAUAUUUUCAUAUAAAAAUUUUAUAUAUAAAAUUGCUAUUUUCGGUACUUUCCCAUUCUCUUUAUAAUGUGUUUGAAUGACUAUAUAUUAUAUUUACACUUGGUGUAUGAACAUGUUCACCCAUAUUUAAGAUCACUGCAUUUUAUUCUACUAUACUGUUUUUAUAACUAUCUUGUUUUCAAAAGAUAAAUGUAUUUUGGAAUAGAAAUCUAUCUAGUUGAAUUGUUUUAAACUCUAAGAACUCUUAUGAAAAAAGAAUUAACUUUUUAAAAAGCGAAGAUCCAAGAAAAUUUUUAAAAUCUUUAAUGAAAACAAUUUUGAGUUAAUUCAGGAAGAAAAUACUAAGCUAGUUUUUGUAUGCCCAUUUGUUUCCAUAAAAGAAAAAGCCUCUUAUAUGUCACUCUUUUCAUUCUAGUAACUUAGAAAUGAUUGAAUUUGGACAAAGUAAAUCAAACCUCACUACUUAAGUGUAGUAUCAUCAAACUGGAUGUGCUGUGAAACUGUUGUCCUAAUUUUGAAAUUUAAAAAUGAUUUGUAGGGGCCGGAGUGAUAGCACAGCGGGUAGGGCGUUUGCCUUGCAUGCGGCCGACCCAGGUUCGAUCCCCGGCAUCCCAUAUGGUCCCCCAGCACCGCCAGGAGUAAUUCCUGAGUGCAAAGCCAGGAAUAACCCCUGAGCAUCGCUGGGUGUGACCCAAAAAGAAAAAAAAAUGAUUUGUAUGCCACUUUGGAUAAAAGUAUAAGGAUUCUUACACUUUUACUUAAACUAUCCAAAUUGUGUUAUCCGAAUUCCUAUUGAAGUGAGUGCCCAAAGAAAGCAUUGUGAGGUGAGGUAUUAUUUUUCUAAAAUUUAGAAUCUAAGGCAAUGUUUCCCCAAGUGGGGGAUGGGGAGAGGGGUGGGGUGGGUCAUCUGCUAAGAUGGCCCUGGAGAUGUGUCAGGGUGCUCAGGUGCUGGGGGAGGGGGAGGGAUGAUCUGUUAGUCUCUUACAGUGGAAGUUUCCAGGGGAGCGCUAAGUGAAUUCUUUAAAGGGAGCAGUAGGUCAGACUCAUUUGGAAACCUCUGAGCUAAGGGGACCAAUUGCUUGACAAGAGAUCAAACUUGUUCAGAUUCUAAUCAGCUCUUUUUAAAAAGGGUAGUCUUAAAGGUUGCCUCUGAGGUUUCCAAAGAGUUCUUUGGAAAUCUAAUGGGAAGAUUGUCACCAAAAGCCAGAUAAGUUGUUAAAUAAUGUAUUACACACAAGCUGUAACCAAUGCAGAAUUAAAAUGGGUUCUGAAUUCUGUUUUCAGCUGGUGCUUAGAAUGUAUUUGUGAGAUAGAGUCUCUCUACAGAAGGCCCAUUAACUUCCUUGCAGGCUUCAUGCAAAGAGCUAUGAAUGGAUUCCUGCCUUAAAUUUGGCAGCCUGCCCUGCACAGGUCAGCUGAGAGGUCCUUAACAAAAACAGUAUUUGACUAAGCAAAGAAACAUCCCAACCUAAUAGAAGACAGCUCUUAGUAAUCCUAAGAUGUGUUAUCUUUGCUUGAAUAUUAAUUGAUAUCUAACGGAUUUUGUUUUAUUUGCUUUUAAAAAUGACUGCUUUUUUUUUUGAGAGAGAGCUUUUGAAAGAUGAUUUCAAUUUGUCUCAGUUCUUUUGAGUCAUCCAAAGUAUUUAAAGCUGAGUGGGGGUUGCAUUGCCUUAGUUUUGAUAAGCUUUAAAUGAAUGUGUGCAAUAUCCAGAUCUCCAUAAAUUUCCAAGUUGAAUAAAGAUAUUUUCUCAUCAUACCAGUAUCUUAGUGCUUAGUUGUUACGAUCACUCACAUUUUAUAAUUUGACUUUACUUAGGGAAGGGUGGUUAAGAGUAUGUACUGGCACAUAUUUGUGCUUGUAUUGCACUUAGGAAUCAUCGUAAAGGUUUGGAAUAUGUUGCAUUUGAUAACAGUAUUAGCAUAUUUCGAGAGUAUGAGCCAUAUGACGCCAUCCAGAAUACAGCAGUGUUAUCCAAAGAAAGCAUUUGCUUGUUUCUGACAAUUAGUAGCUUUACUGAGUUUGGGACAAGUGGAUUGGAUUGUACAUAUAUGAAAGCCUUUAUCCGAGAAUCUUAUCUUUCCAUGUAGGUCUUUCUACUUAAGCUCUUCAAAGGAAAGGUGCUCUUUAAAAGAAUCUGUGACACUAGUGUUCACACAGUACUUACUUGGAUGAAUAUUUGAGUGGAAAUGUUUUUUGAAGAAUGUUGCACAGCAGUGUAUGCAAAUAUUAAGUAAACAUAUAUGCCUAUGUUUGUUUUCUUAAUCAAAUAUGCAAUUGUUUAUUUUAAAAAUCAGGGUAAGGGAUGAAGUUGAGUAUUUUAGGCUAAAAUACCACAAAUGUUGAAUGCCAUAGGUGGCUAUACUUCUUGUACGGUUGUUAGUACUGCUUCUGGAAGAAGUUUAGAAGAAAACCUCAUGCAUAGCUUCGGUUUCAGAAUGGUAAAAGAGGGCCUGCCAGUCAGCAACUAAACAUUUUCCUGGCGUAUGUGAUUAAAGGGAAUGAAAUAAAAAUGAUUUUCAAGCCUAAAACUCACUUUUUAAUGAGUUUAUCAUCCUUUGACCCUAGUAUUUAAUAGCCAAAUUAGCCCCUUUCAGAGUCAGGGGGCGGGGGGGAGGAAGCAUGCAGUUAAGAUACCAGUAAUCAAUCAUACAAGCAACAGAAUAAUUUUAUGUAUUACAGUGUUGGAACAAACAAUUAUUCUUUUUCAAAUUACAUUUCAUCACCAAGUGCCCAUUUUCAUACACAUUUGAGGAGUAUUAUUUGGGGGAAGGGGAACUCUGUUCAGGGGUCUCUCCAGUGGUGCUUGGGGAUCCCGUGGUGCCAGGGAUUGAACCCAGACCCCAGGAUACAAUGCUUGUGCUCCAAUCCUUUUGAACUCUCUCUCCAGUCCUCCCUCCCUUUUUUUUUUUAAAGUAUUUGAACAUGAUUUCAGAAAUAAGAGUCAAAAUAUAUUUAUCUUGUGAUGUCUUGGGUUUUUGUUUUUUUUUACUUUGGUGUUUACACUGUUGUCAGUUUUUGCUAAUUUAAAAAAGGGAUUUUCUUUUGGAUUUACUUACAUUAAUGUUUACCAGGUAUGUUUUGUUUUUUAGGAAGAAAUCUAUGUGACGAAUGCUGUAAGUGUAAUCUAAAAUGUAUAUGCUCUAAACUUUAGGUAAACUUACAAAGUAAAUUAUUUGUGUAGCUUUGUAAAAGGUUCAGGUUAGUGGCCACAAAAUAUGAAACAUGAAACCUUCUAAAUGGUGCAGUUUAAAUUUACGCCAGUUUACUGACAUGCUAUUAUGCUUAUGAGAAAGUAAGAUACUUGAGUAUUUUUAAGUACAUACUGAAAAGUUUUGUGUUCGACAGCAUUUUUAAAAUGUCUUUGUUCCAGUGUGACUAAAGCUAAGCUAAUUGUUUUUCUUGGUGGUUAAUUGCAUUUUUUUACUUUCACGUUUGUGGAAUAUUGGGAGAAAUUUGUGGUGGAAGUCAGUGAGAUGGAAGUGAUAAUAAAUCAUUCUUGCCAGAUGGUAUGCUGUUGGGGAGGAAGAAAGUUUAUGUGUAGAAAUAAUCGAGUCAUAAAGGUAUGGCACAACUUAAAGCCAUUUUGUAGAAAAGUGUGCGUGUUAGCCUUGACUGAGCAGCCUGCCUGUGGUCAGUGAGCUAAAAUUGUGUUGUUUGGAAAAAGGAAAAUGAAACUGCAGUGUGCAGAGCAAGUUGAUUUCAAAAAAGUUUAACAUUAGUGUUUACACUUUGUUUUGAAACUGCAAUAAAUUCUAUGUUUGUAUUGCCCUGCUUUCAGCUACAACAUAUGCUUGUCUACUAUUUUUAAUUUUGAAACAAUAAAAUAAAUAUUUUGUAACCUG